CCACUCUAUGUAGGUGGGGUCAUCACAAUCAAUCUCUCUCACUUUCACUGAAAACCCUAAAUUCCCAAACCCUAACAUGACUUCAGACUUAGUUAUUCACCCUUUUCCUCACCCCACCACCACCACCGUCGCCACCGCCGGCACCACCACCAUCACCACCGGAACCGCCUCCAAUUCCAAGGCGAAACUCGCUGUCACCAGAAAACCUGCCACCACCACCCGCUCCACCAAGGACCGCCACACCAAGGUUAACGGCCGCGGUCGCCGCGUCCGCAUGCCGCCGCUCUGCGCCGCCCGGAUAUUCCAGCUUACCCGAGAACUCGGCCACCGCUCCGAUGGCGAGACAAUCGAGUGGCUCCUCCGUCAUGCUGAGCCUUCCAUCAUCGCCGUUACCGGCACCGGAACUGUCCCUGCUGCUCCCAUCUCCACCGUCGCUCCCUCUUCCUCCACUCCCGCGCCAUCGGUCUCUUGCCCCGUUCAGGCAGUCUCCGAGGUGAGCGCCGCCGGCAUGGGCAUGGGCAUGUUCAGCGUGCAGCCGAGUUGCCGGCUCGACCUGUGCCAGCCGGCGGGGAUGGAUUACCCGGCGGUGAGUGGUUACCGGAACAUGCCGUUCACGGCGUUGCUGCUGCAGCCGGCGACGGCGGCGGAGGAGAAUCAGCAAGAGCAGGCUCUCAGCAAACAGUAAUCGUGUUUCUCUUUCAGAGCUGUGUGGAAUUAAUGUGACUUUGUUUUUGUGGGUAGGAAGAGAAACAUGUAAAUUAUUAUGAAUAUGAAUAUGAAUAUGAAUAUGAAGGAUGUUUUGUUAUAUAAAUAUGAAGUUAUAUUUGGAUU